AAAAUUGUAACUGUACUACUGGUUUACAACAAUACAAUUUUGAUAACAAUGAUAACAUUCGUAAUAAAUGCUGAAUUGGUGAACUUCAGUUCAGUUUUUGUUUGCAAUGUCGUUCUUAAAAUGCAUAGCUUCUAUCAAUUUUUUUUAAUUUCUCUAUAACCAAUUACUUUACUCUUUGAACAUGUAUAUUUUAUUUUUUUAACCUAACCCGGGUAAUUAAUUAUAAACAAAUAUUGUGUUUGAAGGAGGUAGAUAAAAUGUGGCCCAAUUACUGAUCACCCCUUCCAUCAUUUUAUUGUAACAUUCCAUAUAAUAAUACUUACCUAUUAACAAUUUAAUGAUUUUUUUACUUUAAGGUUUCCAAAACAAAAGCUUUUUAUUAUAACCCAAAAACCGGUCAAUUAAUCUGUUCUUUGAGUACUGAUAUACAUACAGUAUAUUCAAUUUGUUCAUUUAAUAACCAAUUGCAUUUAAUUGGUUCCUAUGAUUCACAAAAAACUCAUUCUAUUAUUUAUGAUAAGUUCAAUCAACAAACUAACAGAUGGAGUAGUUAGACGAGAAUCAAAUAACAGAAGACCACCUGGUGUUGUUGUACUGGAUGAAAAACUACACCUGAUGGGUGGUACAGAUAAGAAAUCUAUUCAAUUUUACAAUAUUAAAUCGGGUAAUUUUGAAACUAAGAGAGGAUAUAUGAAUUCUUCAAUACAUUAUGACACACAAGCAUUUGUAGUUGAUACAAAAAGUAUAAAUCCAAAUAAUAUUUUGAAAUAUUAUUCCAGUAAUGAAAUCUAA